GGAAACGAAGAAAUGCGCUACGAAUAUUUGCGCUUACGAAGAAAUGCGAGACGAAAUAAUGCGACACGAAUAAAUGCGCCGACGAAGAUUUGCGGACGAAGAAAUGCGGACGAAGAAUUGCGCGACGAAGAAAUGCCAUACGAAGAUUUGUCCUGGAAUCAAAUAAUCCUGUUCGAUUCAACAAAUCCCGAUAUCUGCGAACGCUGCUAGUGGUUCCCGUGAGCAGACGUAAUGCAUUGAUUCCAUGGCAACAUCUCCUUGAGGCAUGUUACCAUGGAAACUGGAGGAGAUUCAAAAGCGUCUGGUGUAGUUUUGAACAGAGCUCACGAUAUAAUAAUAUGCGUCGCUGCGUCACUGCCAAGAUAUCUAUGUCACUGCACUGAUUCAGCGGUGAAUCAUAAUUCAUAAGAUAAAUAUUGAAUAACGAAUUUUGACAUCAAGGUCAUUUUGACAUCAAGGCUGCCUCAAGGCCCUAAAUACAUAUUGCUGUAGGAAGAGUGAAGGACGGGGCUGAGUGAAAAGUUGCGAUCCGGCUCUGUGGUGUCAGGCCAGCCAGUGUCAGUGACAGUCUUCAGCCAUGGCAGUGAACUCAGCACAUGCCCCUGGGGGCGGUGUACUGAUACAUGCCGGCGAGAGCAUCAUCUUGUUUUGCAAGAACGUGGUGGUGGACUUUGACGAUGUUCGCGACUGCAAGGAGAUGCAUGGGGACAAGAAAGGGUGUCUGUACCUGACCACCCAUCGUAUGAUCUUCACACACGACAAGAAGGGAGACAAGUUUGUCUCAUUCAGCUUCCCCUUUGUCACACUGCAGGAGGUGGAGCUGGAACAGCCGCUGUUCGGCGCCAACUACAUCAAGGGCAAGGUGCGCGCCCAGCCCGGCGGCGGAUUCAGCGGCGAGGCGCGCUUCAAGCUCACCUUCAAACACGGUGGCUGUAUUGAGUUCGGACAGGCCAUGCUGCAGGCCGCCAAAAUGGCGGGCCGGCACACGUCGCAGGGUUUCGCGCCGCCGCCGUACACGCCGUACCAGGGGAACGUGUACCCGGCCCCGCCGCCGGCCUAUACUCCCCCGCAGCAGGGCUUCUACGGCUGGGUGCCGCCGUACCAGACGUUCCCCGACCAGCCGCCCGCCGGCUCGGUGUUCGUUCAGGAGGCCCCUCCGCCGUACCCGGGUCUGGGCGGCUACCCGGCGCCGCCCGGCUACCCGCCCCAGAACGGCGGCUCCGGUCUGUCGGCCCCCGCCGGCGCACCGCCCGUGGGCUUCUACACACCCGGCGCCGGACCGGGCCCGGCCUACGCCCCGCCGCCGCCACAGCCCGGCUACUGGGAGGCCCCUCCUCAGUACCAGAAGAAGAACGACUAACUCUGACCAGGGAGCACCGGGAAGUGGCCGGUGAUCCUGGGACGGAGUUGGUGAGCCCGCGAUCCCUGACGUCAACACGACUGCAUUUGGCGGAUAUCAGCUGUGUGUUACUGUAUUCUACAGUCGGUGUGGCACCGUUUUGUUUGGGGCUCGGCGUAUGUAUUACGUUACCUGAAAACGAUUGCGCUACGUGUGAGUGGGAGUUAUGUUAAUAAGCGCACGAAGUCGCCGACAUGGGUUCUGUCGGGCGGAAACUAAUUACACAUGUUUACCAGUGGUUUCGUCGAUUUCCGGUUUUCGGUCUUUAGUCUAUCAGUGUAACAUUUCGGAACCCUUCAUAUUGUCUACGUAUUUUGGUGAAUCCCUACUUCCAGUUGAACUAUCAUACGUCAUUUUUCAGACGUGACGUAUUGAUAUUUGGGACAGCUGUGUGAUAUCACUUAUAGAUUGUUGAAUAUUGUCCAGCCAUAGUAUGCAGGUAGUUCAGCUUGAAGUUAGUGGUUGUAGCAACGAUUUAUUUCAUGUGGCGACGACAUACAUAUGUGGGGUGCGUAUUUUGACGUUAUUGGAGCUGUCAAGUGUGGGCGUGAAUACAUUGUUGCGUAGUUAUUUCAUCACGGCACUUCUAUUUAGCCACUGCUUAGGUAAAUUAAAUGAUUAAGGGUUACUAACAGCUUCAUGAAUGUAUAUGUGUGUGAGAUACGUUGUCAUAUGCUUUUAUCGUUUUCAAAUUAGUGUGUAUAUCCGUCGCUUUCAAUUUGUCAAACAUUCUAAUAAACUUAUUAUUGAAUGGAAAA